GUCCCCAUCAAGAUGCGCCGCCAUGCGGUCGCCUCCGCCAUUGCCGCCUCCGCCGUGCCCGCGCUCGUGCAGGCGCACGGCCACGCCGUCAGCAAGGCGCCGGAGCUGCCGCUGGUGGUGGGCAACGAGAUCGAGUCGGUCGACAAGACUUCCUCCGCGCUGAAGGCGCUGAAGCGCAUCGGCGCGUACGAUGACGUGGCGAAGGUGAUCGCGACGAAGAAGAUCCGGCCCGGCAAGGGCAAGAUGCGCAACCGGCGGUACCUGAGCAAGAAGGGCCCGCUCAUCGUGUACGGCACCGACGGCGCCAAGCUCACCAAGGCCUUCCGCAACAUCCCCGGCGUGCAGGUGGUCGCAGUCGAGAAGCUGAGCGUGCUCGACCUGGCGCCCGGCGGCCGCGUGGGGCGCUUCGUGAUCUGGACGCAGAGCGCGUUCGACAAGCUGGAGGGGCUCUUCGGGUCGUUCUCGCAGGCGCCCACCAUGAAGCGCGACUUCCUGCUGCCGCGCGCCGCCAUUGUCAACUCCGACAUCACGCGCAUCAUCAACAGCGACGAAGUGCAGAGUGUGUGCCGGCCGAAGAGGGCGGCGCCGAAGCCGCUGCACCGUCUGAAGCGCAACCCGCUGAAGAACCGCACCGCCAUGGCCGUGCUCAACCCCUUCGCCGCCGACAAGCGCAAGCAGCUCGCCGAGGCUGCUGGCCAGCCCAAGGCCAAGAAGGCCCGCGAGACGGAGGAGGCCAAGAAGGCGGGAGAGGCGUGGUACCAGACCAUGAUUUCAGACUCGGACUACCUCGAAUUCGAAAACUUCACCAAGUGGCUCGGCGUGCGGAUGCACCUUCCUGUUACCUUCUCUCGAGCCGCGCCUCCUGCUGCUGCUUCUGCCUCGGCAUCUGCUGCAGCCGCGCCGGUCAACGGAUCUGUGACUAUGGAGGGAGUGACUAUGCGCAUCCCGCCUCCCCCGCAUCCCACGUGUGACGUGAUGAUGGCCGUGAAAGCCGCUCUGGACGAAGACGCAGGCAAUCUCGGUGCGUGGUUGACAGAUGGGCGUAUUAGGGUCGAGUGGGCACAGAAGUAUACCCUUCCUUCCCACCCUUCCUGUCUCGUCUCCCCCUCCUCCCUUCCCCCGCACUCCCCUCAUCGCCUCCAGGGAACGGGACGUCACAACAAGCCUGGCGACCAUCCCAGCGGGCACGCAGGCGAGCGCGAAAGAGGAGGGCGUGUUGGCGGGCACACAACUUACCCUUCCUUCCUGUCUCGUCCCCUCCCCCCUCUCCCGCCCUCUCCAGGGGACGUCACGAGUCUGGCGACCAUCCCAGCGGGCACGCAGGCGAGCGCUCAGUUCCUGGCGAAGGAGGGGGGCGUCCUGGCGGGCACUGCCCUCGCCACCGCCGUGUUCCGACUGCUUGAGCCCAGCAUUCAGGUGGGAGAGGGCAAGGGGUUGAGGUGGGGGGGGGACGCAGCAUUUAAAGGUGAAGGGGUGGGUUUGAAUGGGUGCCUGGCAAAGGAGGGGGGCGUGCUGGCUGGCACUGCACUCGCCACUGCUGUGUUCCGACUGCUGGAGCCGAGCAUUCAGGUGGAGUGGAGCAAGGAAGAUGGGGACACGGUGGAGAAGGGAGAGGUGUUUGCCACGGUGCAAGGGUCGGCACAUGCCAUCCUGCAGGGCGAGCGCGUGGCACUCAACUUCAUGCAGCGCAUGAGCGGCAUUGCCACGUCCACCAGGAUUUCCUACCCUCCUCUCCCCGCCCUUCCCCCUGCUCUCUUCCCCUCCUCUUCUCCUCCUUCCCCCCACAUGCCAGCCCAUGGUGGAGGCAGCCCGCCCUGCCACAGCAACUUCGCUUCCCGCAUUUCCCCCCCUCUCUCCCUGCCCUUCCCUGUUCCAUCUACCCGCUCCCGCUUUCGCCCCGCAUGCCAGGCCAUGGUAGAGGCAGCCCGCCCUGCCACCGUGCUAGAGACACGCAAGACCGCCCCGGGACUCAGAAUCACAGACAAGUGGGCGGUGCUGAUAGGAGGCGGGCAGAACCACCGAGUGGGGCUGUACGACAUGCUGCUGGUCAAGGACAACCACAUCGCUGCUGCUGGCGGUGUGCCCGCCGCCAUCAGCUCUGCCAGAGAGUACAUUCGAUCCAACGGCCUGGAUCUCCCGGUGGAGGUGAGUGCAGGGGGGAACGAGAGCAGGUGGCGGCUUGAGGGGGGGGAGAGCGUAGAUGGUGGUGCGCCUGCCAGUGAGCUUUUGAGUCGACUCAAAUGUGUGCCCACUGCCAUCAACGCUGCCAGAGAGUACAUUCGAUCCAACGGCCUGGAUCUCCCCGUGGAGGUGGAGGCCCGCACUCUGGAUGAGCUGCAGGAGGUGGAGGCCCGCACCCUGGAUGAGCUCCAGGAGGUGCUGAGGUGCCGUGGCGAGGGAGUGGGGCGGGUGACGAGGGUGAUGCUGGACAAUAUGGUGGUGCCGCGACGAGGGGGAGGGGAUGGCGGGGGCGCAGUGCAUGUGGAUGUAACCAUGCUGCAGCAGGCAGUGGAUCUGGUGAAAGGACAGCUGGAAACGGAGGUAGGAUGA